AUGGCUACCUAUAAAUCACAUUCCAAUCUUCCAAGGAAGAUGGAGGAACAACCGCCGUACCCCCGCCGUGCACCUACUGGUAGAUUGCCACAACGAUCUGUCACGCCCACUACAACUAUUUCCCAGGUACCUGCGCCCGUACCAUCAAAGCUCCAGAAGAGGAGGCCUUCGAGAGAUGAGGUACUCCUCACUAGAGGGGCUCCUGGUCAAAGAGUGCCGACGCCUAAGGCAGCGGUAAUGUUGGGGUCACGCCAAGCUGGCGCUUCUUCCACUGUACCUAUAAUCCAUCCCGCCCCACGCCAGAUGGCUCCUAAGUCUGCUUUACAGAGCUCUUCCCGCCUACCAAAACCUGAAAUGCCUACGAAUACACGCACGCCAUCCCUAGUAUCAGGAUCCUCCGCCUCGACCGUCGAUAGUCCACAAUCAAAUCUCUUGAGGCGCAAACAGACAAACAUUGGAGUCGGAGGUUCGCGAGAAGACGGAAGUUCGGUGUCUUUCCAAGAAAAGUCCAUCAUGCCCUCAGGCAUUCCUGGAGGCUACAAAGAUCCUUUCUCCGAGACGGUGCUCGGCAUAUCGAUACCAUCAACUUCUGCAGUUCUUGCCCACUCAGCCGCAGAGUUGGAGCUACAGCAUCGUUCUCCUUACGAAUAUGAUUUGGGUCCCACAGAGAUUCUACCGCCACCCGCUCCUCAUUAUACUCUUUCCACCACUCCUUCCACUCGAUAUUCCGAAUCACCUGGACCAUUUAGUGUCUCGUCAACUCCGACAUCCAUGUCCUCGUAUUCUCCAGGAGUCGUGAUGUCGACGAAGACGAAUACACGUACGCGACAAGUAAGCCCAUUACAGGGCAAACCUCCGGUCGUAAGAUACAGAACUCCGGAAGAGCCGCGUAUGAACUCUGAGUCAAGCAACGAGAGGUCACAGAUUGAGCGACUCCCAACUCGACCUUCUGAUCCUACUUCCAGGACGACACAUACGCGCCUCCCAACAUCACACCGGCAAGCGGACGCAAUGAAGGGCGACGUGAGCAAAGGACUUCGACGCCCAUCUCAAACCAUGGAGCAGAAACCCCGAGUACAGGCACCUCCCGAACUGGCGCAUUUGGCCGAUCAGCCGUCAUCAACUGCAGCUCCCCGAAGACCCUCACGGCCAAGCAGGGAUGGCACCCCCGAAAUAACUGGAUUCCGUGGGCCUUCACCAAUCAUUCAAAGUAAUAUGAACAGCUUCCCGUUCUCGCAUCAACGAACUACGUCUACCGGCUCGACUUCAAGCGUAGGGAUGAACAGCAAGACCCGAUUCGGGAUUAUGUCGCCAAAGCAAUCGUCUCGCAACCCGUCCCCGAACCCGAGCCUUACUUCAAGCUUUGCCCCAACCUCACGUGUUCCUACUCGAGGACCUACACCGGACUUACAGCCAGACAAGAAGCGGUCGUCGACGCUGCCUACUCCUGCUCCCGCCCCCAGCCCAAGUAAAACAUCGCGGUUCGGGUUCUUCUCCAGACGGGCCAAAACGGAACCAACCGCCCCUGCUGUCAAAUCAGAGAAGAAGCUUCAUCGACGGGGUCCGGCUGCUGGUACAGGCCACGAAGGAUAUGGCCGGUAUGCUGUUGGGGCAAGAAGUGCGAGUGGGGCUAGCGGGUCAAGUAUCGGAAAGUCACUAAGCGCUGCAACUACUUCCGAGAGCUUCGACAAGACCCCUUCUACCCGUAAGAGCAGUGUCACGAGCACUACCAGCACAGAAAUGGACGACUUCUUCCUCGAGCGGCUCAAUCCUGUAGUAAUCCGCGGAAAUGGAAGCAACAGCGAACUGACAAUGAGCCCGGAGCCGCUACAGAGCACGAGCAGCCUUGACGUCUCGAGCCCUCGACUUUCGCAGUUGAGCAAGACCACGAAGGGGCCCUCGGGUACCGACUCGGAAAAAGCACGUCCUGCAUUGUUGCCCUCAGCAAUGUCUGACUCAGUCCAAGGAAUGUCGCCAGUAAAACGAAUGCCUAUCGGCCCACGACGUCCAUCAGAGAGCGAAGAUGAAUUGAAGAAGUCGCUCAUUCCAGCUAUCGCCGCUAAGCGCGCGUCACGUUCUUCGAAAUUCGUCGAUACAACAACGUCUGCGAAACAGAGCUUUAGCAAAGCACGGAAGGGUUCGCUCACUGGCGCUACCUCAGAUGGGAAGGAAGGUGGUUGGCUCAAAUCUUCAAAGAAAGAGAAAACUGAACAAGAGGCGUCGAAGCCACCAAGAAAGUGGAACUUUUUCCAACGUGCCCACGGUGCUUCUCGUGUACCUACUCCGGCUGUGGAAGCACCAACCUCUUCUGCGGCUCGUAUACCAGUUUCGCGGUCCGUUGCUCACUACGCCAUAGUAGACUCUCCAUCUGGACUGGAUGCGAACGACAUUGAGAUGAUUAUGAAAGAGGCUGACAGCGCACCCGAAGAACCGCCAGCGCCAAUUCAGCAGGAUGAGCCUCCAGAGUUUAACGUCCAACCUAAGGCUACGGAACGUCUGCCAUCGAUGCUGCUACCUCCCAAGCCCAUCUUGCCUGAUAUUUUUACGGCACCUGCCCGACCAGCUUCGCCUAAGGUCUUUUUGCGACCUGUGCCUGAGCCUCAACCCAAACUUACCCUGGAUACAAGUGUUACUGAACAGGCUCAUCGUGUGCCACCCUCGGUAGGCGACCUGACUCCGGUCACAGACCUUUCUGCUCCAUCCUCUCCAGGCAGUCCGCUUUCCCCAGGGCAACCUUCAGACCUUGUUGUGUCGCCAAAUACCCUCCCUGCACCGGUCUUUCUGCCGUCACCGCCAGCAACACUCUCCCCUCCGGGGCCACCGCCUUCCAAUCCUCCUCCAAGGCCCAGCCGCCUAGCCCAAGUAGGGCGCAUACCUCAAGUAGUUUCAACACGCCAUAAAGCACAUCGCCCCCAUUCGCGGUCCUUCUCUCGGCCCUUUGCUAUGACUCAACCGGGCCCAAAGGCGUCUUCGUGGACUUCAUUUGACUCAAUAGGUCCUAUGACGGUGACAGCUGGCCCAGCAGAGCCGUACCCUAUCCUUCAUGGGCUUAACGCGCUCACCCACGGCACAGCUAUCGCUACUGUGAGCCCGAGUGCGGUGGAGUCCAUGCGCCAAGGGGAGUUCUUCGUUUUCCCAUCCAGGAAGGGUUCUGAGGUGUCGUACUCUAGCAGCUCGGGCACCUGGAGCUUCCCUGCAACCGCUGGAACUGCAAUUGUUCCCAUUCUCGGGGCACCACAAUCCGAGGACGAGGUCUGGAACGAAUACAAUGACCUUAUUGACGAGGUUUUGUCUCCCACGGAUUUGCAAAAUGCAGACGGCGGCGAAUCUGAAGAGAAGAGGUCCGCUCUGGAACCUCUGCCGCUGAAGCUCAAGCACUCCAGAGCGUCAUCGCAUUCGGCAGCUUCCACAACACGCGUCUCGAAUCCCUCACUGCAUCUGCGCCGCUCACGCCUACUUGCGGUCUUGCACUCCCAGUCUCCUACAUCUUCAAUCUCAUUGUCCGAGUUCCUCCAGGAGUACGGAGAUAGGAACAUUAGUGUCGUGGAUCCGAUAAGUGGGCGUCUUAGCUUUCCAUCCACUGCACACAUGUCCGUUGGCUCGGGACCACGGGAUCGAGUGAGCUCAAACCGAUCCAGUCUUCCAGCGUCUCUGAACUUGAGCUCUCGCCAGUCUAAGGCCACCCUUGCCUCCAAAUCGGACAGGGAUCGCAACAGUGCAAGUUCCAAUAAGUACAGGGACACCCGACUCAUGGAGAUGGCAGAAACACGAGCAGAUGGGCUGUCAGCAAUGGCCAACCUUCGCUUCGGUGCUUUGAUGACCAGCAAGUGGCUUUCCUUCGGCCGUGUCAUAUUCAGCCCUGCACAUUUCGAGCUGAAAGAUCCCGAACAUGACCGUAUCCUUGUUAUUGACGGCCUUGGCAAGGACUGGUCGUACUACUGUGCUCUUACGUAUCCGGAAGCAACAGUCUACAACCUCGGGCCUGGUCAACCGUCCAUAACUACCACGACGACUGGCAAUGCGCCUGAACCAUGGUCGACACUGAGCAAUCACCGCCACUUCAAUCAAAACACUCUCGGCGACCCUUUUCCUUUCCCGAGAGGUUUCUUCGCCUGCGUUGUCCUCCGAUUCCCGUCAGCCGUUCCCACGUCUGUCCACCGCACUGUGGUGUCGGAGUGCAAGCGGGUCCUAAGGCCGGGUGGUUUUCUGGAGCUUAGCGUCCUUGACCUCGAUCUCGUGAACAUGGGCAAUCGCGCCCGACGUGCCGUGCGUGGCCUGAAAGUAAAGAUGCAGGUCGCGGACGAGGACGUCUCCCUUCGCAAUAUCAGCGACGAGAUUAUGGGUCUCGUCGGAAAGAAGGGUUUCACUGAGUGCAACCGAUGCUUCGUCGGUGUCCCCGUCGCAGGUACACUGCCUAGUCCAGACCAGACCGACGCCGCUUCAUCCAAGAAAAGGAAAGGAAGCACCGCCAGCUCCAUCAACAAGCCAACUGGAGCCGCUACCAAGGCCACCAAGAAGCCUAAGCCCGAGGUCUCUUUCUCAGACCUGCUCAACACGCGCGCUUCCUCCGAGUCUACAGACAACACUAUCACCGAUAUGGUGGCGCGCGUGGGCCGUUGGUGGUACUCACGCUGCUACGAGUCCCUUGUCCUCCCCGAAGCUGGCGAGCCCGACGCCGCAAACUCAGGCGACCUCCUCCGGAGCAGCAUCUGGCGCGACGAGAGCCUCAUCAAUGAGUGCGAGAAGCGCGGCACCAGCUUCAGGCUGCUCAUUGGGUAUGCGCAGAAGCCCAUCGUCGGCGUACGCCGCACUGUGAGCGUCUAAAUAUCUUCUUUAUCGAGCUGUGCUCCUGUAGGUCCAGGAGGCCGGUUCUUUCCAGUAUACGUUUUCACUAAUGGGUCAUCUUUCUUUUGCGGCGUUCUUUUUGGUUAUUUUUUUUUCCUGCGUUCAAGCGGUUUCUAUACCCUCUUCUGAUUUCUCGCUCAAUGCAUAGCAACGGUGGACUCGACUGCACAAUAACAGUACUUUAUACUGUAUCAUACAGAUUGGCGCGAGCCAACUACAGGUGGGACGGCGAUACUUGGUCGUCGCAUCUCGGUGGGAGCGGAGUUGGAACAUGCUGGUAAUGGUCAACAAAGUGCGCAUAAUGUGGCGGUAUACCCUUGACGAUAGCAUGUAGAUACGAAUCAUGACAUGAGAUUGAGAACAUUUA